CACAUGUGGUGUUAUUAGCACUUUUCCAUCAGUUGGUGCGGUAUGGCAUGGGAAUGGUAACAAAUCCCAGAUCUCUGUUCAUUUGCUACAUGAAAUGGAUUGUGCUGGAUUUGGUAACCUUUCUUGCGAGGGUAUAAAGAGUACCAGUCAGGUUGGAGCUAGUGCAGACUCGAUCAAGCACAAGUAGGCACAUUUGUCACACAAGCGCCACUGCGAGGAAAAAGCAUUUCUUUUUUUUUUGAUCCUCUAUUUAUUUUUUUCUAUGCGUUAUCAAUGUUUUCUGAUAAUAGUGCAUGCAGAAGGCAAUAUUGCAAGACUGUGGAUGCUGCUGAACCAUUCAGUCACAUCAGCUUCCUUUCAUUCCCUUUAAGACGUGAGUAUGUGUAGUGCAGCACAGUGAUGUUUAUAUACUGACAUACUAUUACAUUUCACUAGGGCUUUUAGAGUUUAAUGCUUGUAUAAUGUGGGAAAUGAUUAUAUCACGACCUCCAGAGAACUCCUUCUACAGUUACAGAGCAGAAUCAUGUGAGAGGAAUAGGCCACAGGUUCUCGGUCCUGUUAUGGAGAGUUUGGGAUUUAGUUUAGUAACCAUUCCGUGCCAUACCAUACUUUUCACUGCAAAAGCAGAACACAAGUUAGGAAGUCCACUAGCCGCCAUUCUUUUCCCUGUGCUGAGCCAUCUCUAAGAUAGAAUUUGGUCUAGGGGAAGUAAACAGUGAUGUGAGAUUAGACAAAAGAUUUUACAAGCUUGCACCAUGUGUAUAUACCCCCACUGCUCUUAAUGCCAUGGUGUAUAUGUGUGUAUGUGUAUGUGUGUGCGUGUGUGUGAUUGCCCUGUGGCAGACGGGUGGCGUGCUGGCCCGCUGGCAGUACCGGGUCUCACAUAGCCGCGUGUGUUGGAGGGUUCUGUCCGUCUGCUGGUCCGGUGCUCGCCUCCCACCUCCCGCUCUGGGUGCCAGCGGAUCGGAGGAAGGUUUGGUGGCGAUUCGGGUUAGCAGCAGCUGCAGCAGGAGCCACAUGACUGGCAUUGGAUAUCCAUCUCUCUACUCUCCUUAUAGCUGAGAUUACUGACUGCCAUUCACUACAUUCAUUUGGCUGGCCCGUACACUCUGGCAUCAUUUAGAAUGCCUGUUCUCCCCAUUGUGCCUGAGCUGGGAUGUGAGCUGUGCAAUGGUUGAGAACAUCAUAUCAUCGCUGUCGUCAUGUCCACAUAAGCAAUAGAAGAGAAGUGUUGUGGAGAUUUGGGCCUUGUGUGUCACUGUUCUUUGUCUGAAAGGAGAGACUGUUUAAACUAAUCUCAAAUCUGCAUCCACUCUGUGUGACGCCCCCAACACGAAGAGGCUAAAGACAGUCAGCCAUUCAGUGUGUCCUCGCUGUCGCCACCAUUUAUGUCAUUCAUACGGAAAUAUCAGCGUCCUGCAUUGACCCACGUGUUAAGGAUGGCAUUCAAACACCGUCUCGUAUUCUGAAUAUGAAAGAGAGGCUUUUCAAAACCACCAUUUCAAAGGAUUUGCAAUUUUAAAAAAAAAAAGAAAAAAAAAAACAACUUUUCUCCCUAACAUAAAUGUUCUGAUUACACGUAGAAGGAGCCAUGAUUGUGUAUGUGAAAGAGAGGAGAGUCCUAACAGUGACCUCACAGGCACAAAUGAAGUUGCUGAGCAUCUGGGAGGGCUCUGUUUGUGUUGGCAUAACACCCUGCUCUCCAACAGAUAUUGCAGACCUAGUCCAGCCAGCCAACAUUGCACCAGCAUUCUCCCUACUAGAUGCAAGCCAAGACUGCAGAUCAUAUCAUAAACAGGAUGUCACACUGCUUACACUUCCCAAGUACACAGUCAUCACUUAGUCAAAUAUCUGCCAGUCAGCACUUGAAUGCAGAUUAGGUACUGUAAAGUGAUCUGGUCUUAAUUGCAAGCCUUUGCUUUGACCUUUCCUGUGGUUCCUUGUUGUCUCGUGGAGAUUUCUGAGCUGCUCUGAAGCAUAAUGUAGCAUAGUGAAUCACUGAAGGUUGUGUGAAUGCCCACAUGUCUCAUGCUCGUUCUGUUCAUUGCUUUCCUUCCGCCCUUCAAGCCUCCACCACUGUUAGGAAGACUCCUGUGUAUGAACUCACGCUGUAAAAUCAUGUACAUACAUGCCCAUGAAGAGGAUAAGAAUAAAGCACAUUAAGGACUUUGCUGCAUUCACUCUGACAAGCUACAGCUUUCAGUGAAUCCAGUCCCUUAUCUUUGACGAGGUGGACCUCUCAGAUGCCAGUGUUGCCGAAUCAAGCACAAAGAAUGUCAACAACAGUUUCACGGUAAUUACUCCGUUUCGAAGGCUCAUCCUCUGUGCGGAGAACAGAAAAGAGAUGGAGGACUGGAUCAGUUCUUUGAAAUCGGUUCAGUCUAGAGAGCAUUACGAGACGGCACAGUUUAAUGUGGAACAUUUCUCAGGGAUGCACAACUGGUAUGCCUGCUCCCAUGCUCGCCCCACCUUCUGCAACGUCUGCCGUGACAGCCUCUCAGGGGUGACUUCUCAUGGCCUCUCCUGUGAAGUAUGUAAAUUUAAAGCUCACAAAAGGUGUGCCGUCAGGGCCACUAACAACUGUAAAUGGACCACGCUGGCAUCUAUUGGGAGAGACAUCAUUGAGGAUGAGGAUGGGAUUGCAAUGCCGCAUCAGUGGCUUGAGGGCAACCUUCCAGUCAGUGCCAAGUGUGCUGUGUGUGACAAAACGUGCGGUAGCGUGCUGCGCUUGCAAGACUGGCGCUGUCUAUGGUGCAAAGCUAUGGUACACACAGCCUGUAUGGACCUCUACCCUCGCAAGUGUCCUCUUGGCCAGUGCAAAGUGUCCAUCAUCCCUCCUACUGCCCUCAACAGUAUUGACUCUGACGGCUUUUGGAAAGCCACUUGUCCUCCAUCAUGUGCCAGCCCACUUCUCGUUUUUGUUAAUUCCAAAAGUGGAGACAACCAAGGAGUGAAAUUUCUGCGCCGAUUUAAACAGCUACUCAACCCCGCUCAGGUCUUUGACCUAAUCAAUGGUGGACCACAUUUAGGGCUACGCUUAUUUCAGAAGUUUGAUAACUUCCGAAUCCUUGUCUGUGGCGGAGAUGGCAGUGUCGGCUGGGUCCUGUCUGAAAUUGAUAAACUCAGUCUUCACAAACAGUGCCAGCUGGGUGUGUUGCCUCUGGGCACGGGAAACGAUCUGGCACGUGUGCUCGGCUGGGGGCCGUCGUGUGAUGAUGACACACAGCUCCCUCAGAUACUGGAGAAACUGGAGCGAGCCAGCACUAAGAUGCUGGAUAGGUGGAGUAUAAUGACGUAUGAGAUUAAAAUACCUCCCAAACACAGUGGUCCAGUCACACCUGAGGACACAGAGGACUGCCAGUUUCAGAUAUCAGAUUAUGAGGAUUCAGUUGCUGCUCAUCUCACAAAGAUCCUAAACUCAGAUCAGAACUCUGUGGUCAUAUCCUCAGCAAAGAUCCUGUGUGAAACAGUGAAGGACUUUGUUGCCAAAGUUGGGAAGUCCUAUGAAAAGGGCAGUGAGAACACAGAGGAAGCUGAAAGCAUGUCAGUGAAGUGUGCAGUCCUGAAUGAGAAGCUGGAUUCACUCCUGCAGACCCUGAACACAGAGGCUCAGGCGAUGAGUCCUCCUUCUCUCACCACUCCCCCUAUUGUAGAAGAGGAGCUGGAGGAAGAGGAGCUGGAGGAGGAGGAUCUCAGUGAGGAGUCUCUGACAGAGCUGAAGGAGAAGAUGGAGGAGAACAUAACGGAGAAGGACUCUCCACACAAGCUUUUCAGGCCACGUGAGCAGCUCAUGCUGCGUGCAAACAGCCUGAAGAAAGCGGUCAGACAGAUCAUCGAGCAGGCUGAGAAAAUGGUGGACGAACAGAAUGCUCAUACAGACGAACAGGACCUGCAGUCUCCUACAGACACCAAAAAGGACAUGGAGGAGGAAAACAAGGACAAUGAGAAGGAUGAGGACACUAAAGAACUGGAGAGUCUGCCAUCAGCAAAGUCACCCUGUUCACCUACCGAGAGGCGUGUGAGUCGCAGCACACAGUCCUGUGGCUCUUUUUCCAUUCCUCCCUUCACCACGAGUAAAGAGAACCUGCCUGUCCUCAACACUCGCAUCAUCUGUCCAGGCUUGCGUGCAGGCCUUGCUGCCUCCAUAGCUGGAAGCUCAAUCAUCAGCAAGAUGUUACUUGCCAACAUUGACCCGUUUGGAGCCACACCUUUCAUUGACCCUGACACAGAUUUAUUAGAGGGGUAUAUGGAGAAGUGUGUCAUGAACAAUUACUUUGGGAUUGGCUUGGACGCCAAGAUCUCACUGGAGUUUAACAACAAACGUGAAGAACAUCCUGAGAAAUGCCGGAGUCGCACCAAAAAUAUGAUGUGGUACGGAGUCUUAGGCACUAAGGAGCUACUGCAAAGAACCUACAAGAACUUGGAGCAAAAAGUGCAGUUAGAGUGUGAUGGACAGUACAUCCCGCUCCCCAGUCUCCAGGGAAUUGCUGUGCUGAACAUCCCCAGCUAUGCAGGAGGAACCAACUUCUGGGGUGGGACCAAAGAAGAUGAUAUAUUCUGUGCUCCAUCAUUUGAUGAUAAAAUCUUGGAGGUAGUGGCUGUGUUUGGGAGUAUGCAAAUGGCAGUGUCCAGAGUGAUCAAGCUCCAGCACCACCGUAUUGCACAGUGCCGCACGGUGAAGAUUACCAUCUUGGGGGAUGAAGGAAUGCCUAUUCAAGUGGAUGGAGAAGCCUGGAUCCAGCCUCCUGGAGUGAUUAAGAUCCAGCACAAGAAUAGAGCCCAGAUGCUGACCAGAGAUAGGGCAUUUGAGAACACGCUAAAGUCUUGGGAGGACAAGUUGAAGUAUGACAAGCCUCCACUGAGGCCACACCUGUACUCUCAGCACUCUGUUGAUCUUGCCACUGAGGAAGAAGCCGCACUUGUCCAGAUGUGUGCACGUGCAGCAGAGGAGCUAAUCACCAGGAUCUGUGAGGCAGCCAAGACAAAUGGGCUCCUAGAACAAGAACUUGCUCAUGCUGUAAAUGCUGCAUCUCACGCCAUCAACAAAACUCACCCCAAGUUCCCUGAGAGUCUGACCAGGAACACAGCCAUUGAGGUGACCAGCACAGUGAAGGCCCUGCACAAUGAGACUGAGUCACUUCUAGUGGGACGAGUGUCAUUGCAACUGGACCCUCCUGAUGAGGAGUUAUUGUCCAGUGCUUUGCAGUGUGUUGAGGUGGAGUUGGGCAAGCUGACUGAAAUCCCGUGGCUUUACCACAUUCUCCAGCCCAACGAUGAGGAGGACCACUCCCUGGAGUAUGGCAAGAGAAACAGCCGAAGUGGCAUGUUCCGUAUUGUGCCAAAGUUCAAGAAAGAGAAAGCACUGAAGAAGUCCAGCCCACAGUCAGUUCAGAGGUGGGGCACUGAGGAGGUGGGCGCCUGGCUGGAGCAGCUCAGCUUGGGGGAAUACAAAGACACCUUCAUCCGCCACGACAUCCGCGGCUCUGAGCUCCUACACCUGGAGAGGAGGGACCUGAAGGAUCUGGGGAUCUCGAAGGUGGGUCAUAUGAAGAGAAUUCUCCAGGGAACUAAAGAGCUGGCUAAGAGCGCCAUGGUGGACCUGUGAAGCUCGAGGAAUCCUUUCCCUGACGAGAAGUGAACAUUUAACAGAGCUGCAUUGUCUGGAUGAGCUCGGUAAUGAGGGGUUUCCUCCCCAUGAUUUAGCAUAGCUUUAGAGUACCUGCGAAUGUGUUGUUUUAGUAUGAGUGCUGGUGCCAAAAGAAUUGUAGUGGUCGAAUAUUUUCAGGUGGUUGUUAGAUUUACAAAAAAAGCCAUUUCUUAUUGCAUUGAUGGCACAAUCAGGUAUGCAACUCUCAUUGCAGAGGCAACUUCUGGCAUCUUAAAAAGAGUCAAGUAGCAAAACAGGACUUCCAUAAAGUGUUCACUGUGGGUGAAGCAAGGCCGGGUAAUAGCUCGCUGGCAUUUCGCCUUGUGGUGGAUGGCUACAAUAGGAUGGAGAUGUGAUGUGUCAGCAAUAUUCUUCUUUCGACAGCACUGUUUACAUUUUAAGGAGACAGGAAAAUGGCUGCUGAAGAGCUGCACUCGAAUUGCAAUCAUAGCAAAUGGUUUUUCAGUCCAGAAAGAAAGUCGAGUAAGGGGUUUCCUGAAGCAGUGACAUUCUGAUGCAUGGUGAAUUUGCUUGAUUUUGGAUAUCUAUUUCACUGCAUGAUUCGUGUCGUUUUUUUAUUGUACAAACUAACACUUGAACAAGUUUUAUAUGACUUUAGUAUGAUACCAUUUGUUACUACUGAAGCAUCCCUGUGGUCUUAUUAGACUGCUGUUUCAUUUCUAUAUAUUGGUUUGCAUGAGACUUCUGUGUCAAAGAGCAGUGUCAUGUAUCAUAUUUAUUGUAAAAGUGUGCUUUAUUGUAGGAAGAUUAUGAUUUAUAUUCGAUUAGGACAUUGAGUAACAGAGAAAUAUCAGUUCUUUAAAAUAUCAGUAAGGAAGAAUACAUCACAAUGUAUACAUACAAUACAAGAGACUACAAAAGUGAAUGUGCCCCAUGCAUUUUCUUGAAAUCCUUUUCUUUAGUUUGCAUUAGAAUGCAAAUGUUUAAGAAAAAACAUAAUUUUAAGUAUCGGAAUAUUAGUGUGGAAGUUCUUAUUAGAUUUAUGAAAUAAUGGAGUCACUUUUCUGCGUUUUGACUGUAGACCUAUUUGGAACAUUUAGAUAUUUUUCCUUGCAAUAAGAAUCUUGUGUUGGUCAUAAGAUAUUGCAGUUGAUCUGCAGCUUUGCAUAAGUUUCUCAUAAUUGUCAUUCCUCAAAAUAGGGAUAAAGUAUAUGUUUGAUAAGAUACCCAGAACUAAAUUGCAUUAAGUCGAUGGCAUUACAGGGUAUACAAGUAUAAGUGAGGUUUUUGUUGGUUAAUAUAUGCACUGUAAAUAUGUUGAAACAGUCUCUACUGUUAAUUCCAGUUGUAAGGAAACGGUUUGUAUAGAUUAAUGCUAACACGUUAUGUAGAGCUUACACAUCAUAAUACAGAUGUGAUCUAUAAUAAUGUUUAGUAAUCACCUUUAUAUGUUAAGUGCUGUUGUAUUCUAUUGAAGGUGCAAUAUUGUAUUUAUUUUGAUACAUUUUCUUCUCUAUGAAGCUUUAUUAUGUGAUUUUUUUUUCAUGGAAAACAAGAAAUCAAUUCAUGCACUCGUGUUAUUUUAGUUAUUUUAGUUUAAGGUGAGCUCGUGGACAUGCCAUAUUCUCUCCAAAUUCAUAAAAUCUUCUUUAAGCAAGUUGUUGGUUCUCUCUCUAUUCAAUUGUGCUUCCAGGAUAAUUCGCUAAACAUCUGGAUGUUCUAUUAGACAUAUACUAUGAAACUAGCAGAAUUGCCUGCUGUGCCUCUUUUAUUUUCAUUAUAAUGGAGAUUUUCCCCCUCCCUUCAUCAAGUCCUGUCAUUUAUUUACAACUUUAUGUAGAUUUCGCUUGUGGUUUGUGUCAUAUCAAAAUUUCCCUCUAGGGGGUGGCAGAGUACUGAAUGUGGGUUUGGUAAAAAAAAAAUUAAAUAAAUAAAUAAAUUACAAACGUGGCUCCCAGCGAAAUACUUAAUAAUAAUAGAAUAAUAUAUUUAUUCUCUAAAUUUUUUAAUGAAAAUAUUAGUAUCCAUUAAAUAACUUUGCACUCUGUAUAAAGAAAUUUGCGUGAACUAUAUAGAAAAAAAAAAUCCGAAUGUUCAAUAAUAAUACAGCUGGAUAUUAAAUAAAAAAAAAUUGGCCAUACAUUUGACCACAGAUUAGAUAGCUGGCUUCCUCUUAUGAGCUAACUUUUAAACAAACUGUGCUAUAUUUUGUUAGUGGACAGGUUUUAUUAGGAGAAAUGGGAGGAAUGUGGUUCUAAUUUUAACCAACAUGGUUAUUUUUGGAUUAUAUAAACUUUCACACUACACUCUUAGAAAAAAGGGUUCCUCAAGGAUUCUUUAGCUUUCUAAAGGUUUUCUACUCUGAACUUUUUAAAGGGAACCCCUUUUUUGUAGGUUUCUGUGUAGAGCCACCAAGGUCAAACCGAAGAACUCUUUAGGGUGCUAAUGGAACCUAAUUGAAUUUUUUUUCAAAGAAUGUCACAUGUAAUAAUAGUGAAUGUAGUGUCAUUCUCAUCAUUUUAUUUUCACUCUUCAUAAACAGAUAUGCAUUGCCUUGGAAAGGAGUCAAAGACCAUGAGAAAGUGAUUUAACCCGCACUGAUCUAGAGUCAUUGCCAAUGAUGCAAGUACUUAAUCGUGCAUUUCUUUCUAGAAGCUACUACAGUGCAGUUUUAACAAUGUGCAGUGCCAUACAUGCUAACUGUUAAAAAACUGAGAUAAUUGUAAUGGUUUCAUGACCUGACUAUAGCACCUUUGCAAUUUAGGGAAUUGAUAGCUCCUGAAAAAAGUACUGAAAAAUUUGGCCUUAGAUAUUUACCAUUUCUAAAAUGUAGCAGGUUAACUGACCUCAGAAUAACAGUGCCUCAUAUGUGGUUUAAUUUGCAUUCAUUUCCCCAAGUGCAGUCUUCCUCUCAAACUGCCGUUAAUUCGUCUGCACGUGUUCAUGUAUAUCUGUCUCUGAACAAGCUCUCAAGACUGUAUCCACGAGACUAAGUGUGUUUUUGAUAAGACUUGAGGCUCAUGUGAGCUUGGGCUUACCUAUAGAUGGUGUACAUAAAGCUGUAUACUGCCUGAUUUUUUUCAAAACCAAUUCACAGAAAUUUUUAGAGCAGGAUGGCUCUAGAGCAUAUCGCUGACAUGAUCUUAUUAUGAGAAGUGCGAUGUGAGUUUCAUUUGUUUACAUUGUGUUUACAAUGGCACAGUUUAAUUUGUAAAACUAUGUGUAAAGCUAUAUACAACAUUUGCAUAUUUAUUAAGGUUAAACAAAUUAUGUGUAUGUGUUUUCACCAUUGGGAUAUAAUGUUACAGUAGUCCCUUGUAUUGAUAUCUGGAUGAUCUUUUGGUAAAGUAGUUGGUAAUUUUUAUGACUACUAAGUGACUGUUUUCUGUGCCUUUUUAUCGUAGGUGCAUGAUUAACUAUUUAUUACAAUAUGAAAGUCACUGAGAUGUGUAUUUUUGUAUCCUGAUUGAAUAAAUGUCUCAAUUUUGUUGUACAUUUUGAAGUGGUAAAAUGGUGCCACUUAAUAUCCUACUUCUUCAAUAAAAACUGAAUGCAUACACAAUG